GGCAGUAGGUGGGCGGGGUUAUUUCGGGCAUCCAGGUGGGCGACCCUCGUGGGCGUCCGGAAGGCCCGCGGCGUUAGGGAGCUUGGGAGCUGGGUCUCUGGUUACGGUGUCGGGCAAAGGUUAAAGGGCAGCCUCCAGGUGGGAGAGCGCCGACUGCGCAAUGGCCGCGUCUGGGGAGCCCGGGAGGCAGUGGCAGGAGGAGGUGGCGGCGGCGGCGGUGGUGGUGGUGGUGGGCUCCUGCAUGACCGACCUGGUCAGCCUUACUUCUCGUCUGCCAAAAACUGGUGAAACCAUCCAUGGUCAUAAGUUUUUUAUUGGCUUUGGAGGGAAAGGUGCCAACCAGUGUGUCCAAGCAGCUAGGCUUGGAGCAAAGACAUCUAUGGUGUGCAAGGUUGGCAAAGAUUCCUUUGGCAAUGAUUAUAUAGAAAACUUGAAACAGAAUGAUAUUUCUACAGAAUUUACAUAUCAGACUAAAGAUGCUGCGACAGGAACUGCUUCUAUAAUUGUCAGUAAUGAAGGCCAGAAUAUCAUCGUUAUAGUGGCUGGAGCAAAUUUACUUUUAAAUACUGAAGACCUGAGGGAAGCAGCCAGUGCCAUUAGCAGAGCCAAAGUAAUGAUCUGCCAGCUAGAAGUAACUCCAGCAGCUUCUUUGGAAGCCCUGAGAAUAGCCCACAGCAGUGGAGUAAAAACACUGUUCAACCCAGCGCCUGCCAUUGCUGACCUAGACCCCCAGUUCUACACUCUCUCAGAUGUGUUCUGCUGCAAUGAAAGUGAGGCUGAGAUUCUGACCAGCCUUGAGGUCAGUAGCCCCUCGGAUGCUGGGAAGGCUGCGUUGGUGCUCAUGGAAAGGGGCUGCCAGGUUGUAAUCAUCACCUUAGGUGCUGAAGGAUGUGUGAUGAUGUCACAGAAAGAACCUGUCCCAAAGCACAUUCCCACAGAGAACGUCAAGGCUGUGGAUACUACGGGCGCUGGUGACAGUUUUGUGGGAGCGCUGGCCUUCUACCUGGCUUACUACCCUAAUCUGUCCUUGGAAGAAAUGCUCAAGAGAUCCAAUUUCAUCGCAGCAGUCAGUGUCCAGGCUAUAGGAACACAGUCAUCUUAUCCAUACAAAAAAGACCUGCCCCUUGAUCUGUUUUGAUUGCUAUUAAGUCCAAAAUAAAUAUGCCUGGAAAUAAAGUAUACUUGGGGAUGGCCACUCUUAACUAGCAACUUACUAUGUCACCUUCUCCUUUCUUUGCAAAUACUAUAUUCAUUUA